AUGUGGGCUACAAACCCGAAAGAGGCGCACAGCACCUUGAAGUCUCUGACGAAGAUGUUUCUGGCCCAGGCUGCUGCCAGAACCGCUGUUCAUUAUGGCGUUGCCAAAAAGUUUGAGAAACACAACACCGGCAUCACCUACUAUCUUUCUCCGACUAGCUACUGGUCAAUCAUUGAAUCAGCUCUCGGUAUCUUUGGGAUGUGUCUUCCCUUGCUUCGCCCCAUAGGUCACGUCUACUCCCUACGAAACAUGUAACUAGUCUCCAGUAGAACACUGUCGAGGAUCAGCUGGAGCAACAAGUCGCGAAAGGGCUCGAGCAGGGGAUCAGAGAGAAAUGUUGCGUCGAAUUAAUGCCUAUUCGAGAAUGCUGCGCGACACGAUACCGAUUCUGAGAAAAACUACCACAACAGGUGCGUCACGAAAGUAUUAUGAAGUGUGGCUAUCUGCUAACUAUGACAGUGCACUAAAUGAAACGGUCGACGGCACUACCAAGACUGGGGCGGAUUUGACCCAACGUAGUAUGCUUUAAUGAUGUAUCAAGUAACAAACCAAGAUAAUACACCAAAUUUUCUGCAGAGUCUGAGAAAGAUCCGUACUUGUAGCUUAGAGAAGGUUCCAUUUUAUCGUUACAAUGAUGAAUCCAACAUGAAGUUACGUUGCUUGGAACUUGAACAUGAAAACGUUCUUUCGAUGUGGUGUCAGAACUUUAGAGAUAACCUGCUACACAAAAGAGCGGGAAACUCGUUCUCCAGUGUAAAGUCAUCGUCGGAAGCAUGUUCAUCGCCCACAUGCAUCAAUAUACGUGAACCCGAGCAAGGACUAGCGCACAGUACCAACCCU